CGAUGGCAACUUGACUCGACAGCCAUUCUUUAUGGACCUGCUGAGCUGCCCGAGGAGACAGCAGCACUUCUACGGGUGCUCAAGGCCAAGGCCAUGUCGCUCAUGCUGUCAUCGAUGACUCGGAUCGGGAGACGGUCUCGGACUCUGUUGAUGGCGAGCAUGAUGAGGUCAUUGAUCAUCAUCAUAUCGCUGAUCGUCUUGUCCUCCUCAAGCGCUUUCACAACGAUGAAGAACUGAUGGCUCUACUGGACUCGCUCGCCGCGCCAUCGGGCUGGCACCCGAGUCUGGCCAACGAGCCGGGCGACGGUGGUGGCGAGUCUGAUGCGCUGGGCCCGGCUGCGGUCAUUGUGGUCCGCUCAAACGAUCCCAACUCCACCAUGGAUCAGAAGUGGAUUUCGCCCGCUUGUGCCAUGGUGGUCGGCAAGUCGCGCGGGUGCGUGGCGCUCAUGGCCGGCCACGACGCGAUGCGGAUGGCCAAAGUUCUGGCGCUCGGCAAGCCGCUCGAUGACCUCCCGCCUGCUGACCCGGCCGAGAUGUGGCUGGUGAGCCUGCCGGACGAGCUUUUGCUUGCCAUCUGCUCGUACUUGGACCAGCCGUCGCGGCUUGCACUGAUGCAGACAUGCGGCCAAAUGCAGCGGGUUUGUGGCGACGCCUCGCUGUGGCGGACGCUCACCCUCACUCAUCCCAACCAGGGCGACUGGGAGCUACUCGAUCUGCUGACGCAGCUGCCGGCCAGUGCCCGCACUGGCGUCACUAAGCUCUACUUUGCGCAGACCUGGAUUACUGCUCUUGGCCUCCUCUGUUCCCUCCUCGCCUGCCCGAAUGUGACCGACGUCGACGUCUCGGCGCUCCGCAACCGCCAGGAGCAGAUGCCCCUGAUCCUGUACCUCCUGCGCCACUACGCGCCCAGGCUGACUCAUUUUGACGCCGUCGGCGCGUGCGACAUCACCCGCAGCAUCACCCUCACCUCCCCUCUCAAGCACAUGCUCCGCAAGAGGCUGACCGGCGGAUGGGAGCUGGUCUCGACCGGCAUGCUCCAUCCGGGCACCUUUGCCUUCCUACCGUCUCCCACCGCCCUCCGCCUUGUCUACAUCAAGGCCAUCGAACCGAUGCCCGGCAUGCACAUGCAUCCGCGCUGGCGCGUCGACCGGGUUAUUCUCCGCUUGUCCGAUCCCUACGGCCGAGCCCCUGCAGCUUACGCCCAGUCAAUCAUCCUGCCAAGCAAGAUGUGGGAGGUGGUUGUGCCCACUGUCGAGGCGGACGCCAACGACCCGACCCGCACACGUAUCACCUGGAGCGAGUCGUCGAUUGUUGUCAGCUCGACGUUUGUCAGCGCCGAUCCAGUCGACACCGACGAGAGCACGUCGUCGCCGAGGUACAACGCCAUGUAGUGUUUUAAUACAUGCUAGGCCAGAGUACCUUAUGGCUCCUCAGUCGGGUCCCACCCCGUCACAAAGCCCUCGUCG